AUGGUGAAGGCACGUAUAACGGCAUGUGUGACGGCAUGUGUGACGGCAUGUGUGACGGCAUGUGCGACGGCAUGUGCGACGGCGUGUGCGACGGCGUGCGACGGCGUGUGCGACGGCGUGUGCGACGGCGUGUGCGACGGCGUGUGCGACGGCGUGUGCGACGGCGUGUGCGACGGCGUGUGCGACGGCGUGUGCGACGGCGUGUGCGACGGCGUGUGCGACGGCGUGUGCGACGGCGUGUGCGACGGCGUGUGCGACGGCGUGUGCGACGGCGUGUGCGACGGCGUGUGCGACGGCGUGUGCGACGGCGUGUGCGACGGCGUGUGCGACGGCGUGUGCGACGGCGUGUGCGACGGCGUGUGCGACGGCGUGUGCGACGGCGUGUGCGACGGCGUGUGCGACGGCGUGUGCGACGGCGUGUGCGACGGCGUGUGCGACGGCGUGUGCGACGGCGUGUGCGACGGCGUGUGCGACGGCGUGUGCGACGGCGUGUGCGACGGCGUGUGCGACGGCGUGUGCGACGGCGUGUGCGACGGCGUGUGCGACGGCGUGUGCGACGGCGUGUGCGACGGCGUGUGCGACGGCGUGUGCGACGGCGUGUGCGACGGCGUGUGCGACGGCGUGUGCGACGGCGUGUGCGACGGCGUGUGCGACGGCGUGUGCGACGGCGUGUGCGACGGCGUGUGCGACGGCGUGUGCGACGGCGUGUGCGACGGCGUGUGCGACGGCGUGUGCGACGGCGUGUGCGACGGCGUGUGCGACGGCGUGUGCGACGGCGUGUGCGACGGCGUGUGCGACGGCGUGUGCGACGGCGUGUGCGACGGCGUGUGCGACGGCGUGUGCGACGGCGUGUGCGACGGCGUGUGCGACGGCGUGUGCGACGGCGUGUGCGACGGCGUGUGCGACGGCGUGUGCGACGGCGUGUGCGACGGCGUGUGCGACGGCGUGUGCGACGGCGUGUGCGACGGCGUGUGCGACGGCGUGUGCGACGGCGUGUGCGACGGCGUGUGCGACGGCGUGUGCGACGGCGUGUGCGACGGCGUGUGCGACGGCGUGUGCGACGGCGUGUGCGACGGCGUGUGCGACGGCGUGUGCGACGGCGUGUGCGACGGCGUGUGCGACGGCGUGUGCGACGGCGUGUGCGACGGCGUGUGCGACGGCGUGUGCGACGGCGUGUGCGACGGCGUGUGCGACGGCGUGUGCGACGGCGUGUGUGACGGCGUGUGUGACGGCGUGUGUGACGGCGUGUGUGACGGCGUGUGUGACGGCGUGUGUGACGGCGUGUGUGACGGCGUGUGUGACGGCGUGUGUGACGGCGUGUGUGACGGCGUGUGUGACGGCGUGUGUGACGGCGUGUGUGACGGCGUGUGUGACGGCGUGUGUGACGGCGUGUGUGACGGCGUGUGUGACGGCGUGUGUGACGGCGUGUGUGACGGCGUGUGUGACGGCGUGUGUGACGGCGUGUGUGACGGCGUGUGUGACGGCGUGUGUGACGGCGUGUGUGACGGCGUGUGUGACGGCGUGUGUGACGGCGUGUGUGACGGCAUGUGUGACGGCAUUGGUGACGGCAUGUGUGACGGCAUGUGUGACGGCAUGUGUGACGGCAUGUGUGACGGCAUGUGUGACGGCAUGUGUGACGGCAUGUGUGACGGCAUGUGUGACGGCAUGUGUGACGGCAUGUGUGACCAAGUGGCAAGUGUGAUGAUGGCGAUGGCAGGAAAUGUGGGAAAGAGUGGCAAGAGGGGUGCAGUGCGGUGA